CAUAAACGUUACAUAAAGUGUAUACGUAUGCUGUUUCAUCAAAAAGAAGAUUGACUUAGAAAGCCAUUUUAUUGCUUCGCAAGGCGUUGAUGUCCGUAAGCUAACUAACACGCUAUUCAUCUAUAAUGAGAUAUCAUUUAAAUUGUCGUCGAGUCAUCUUUUGCUGUUUUGGGUUGGUAAUUGUUUUCUACGCAUUUAAGCCACAGAAUUCAGUACCUCAUCCCUUAAAAAUUGCCACUAAUGAAACUUCGUAUUUUAGUUUUAAUUACUCUGCAAGUACUACAAAUAAUAAUACUAAUCCUACAAUUUCUCUCCUAAUGAGAAUGUCGGGGAAGCGAAAAGAUCACAAAACAAGGUUUUACUGCAAUAUGUUAAAGACAAUUUUAAUUUUUUGGCCAGGAUGGCUGGGUAAGACGGUUAUUGUACUUGAUGCAGAAUCAAAUGAAGAUUACACCUUUGCUGCAACAUUGCUAAAUCAGACAACUGAGCAUUUUCCAGAUCAUUCUUUUGAAAUGAAAUACGAAGCACUGCCAAUUGAUCCUACUGUUCUUAGAUUUCCUGGCCAAAAAAAGCCAAGUGGCUACAAUCGUCAGUUGUGGAGCAGUUUCUUCAUGGAUCUUUACACAGAUGAUGAUGUCAUAGCUUGGUUGGAUAGCGAUUCCCCAUUUCUUCUUCCAGUUACAAUGUCGACUAUUAUGCCAAAUGGAAGGGUCCGGAUCCUUGGAACUGAUUGUACAAUGGGUAUAAGCUGGGUAAAAUCUUGGGCUAAAAGUACACGGAAGGCGAUAGGAUGGCCACAGGUAGCUGAUUUUAUGACAUAUUUCCCGGUAUACCUCUACCGCGACACCAUUACCAACUGUAGAAACCACAUCUUGAAAACGUUUCAGACAAAUAACUUCGAAGAAGCUUUUAAAAAAUUUUAUCACACUGGCACUGGUCUACUCUCGCCAGUAAAUGUAAUCAUCAGCUACGCUUGGUUCUUUGAGAAUAAUCGCUACGAGUGGAAAAUAGAAUUGUGCAACAAUUUAGACCAACUUAAUAAACGGUUGCCACACAGUAAAAAUAUUAUGAAAGAGAGCACUGUUGAUGAAAGUCAAUUACUGACUCAGCCACAGACUGCCUACCAUGGGCCGCUGAUUUCCAAAGACUUUUACGCUAAUCUCAUUCCAAUUUCUUAUUGUUUGUCGAUAAAGUUCAGCAGGCAGGAAAACAUGUGUAAAAAAUAUUCCUGGUCAGAUGUCAAACAAUUAUUUAGUUUGUUUAAAUCAGACAUGCACAGUGUUAGAGUUGAAAAGCAACACCCUUGUGUUGAAAGAAAAACCCAGUAUUGCUUAGAGAUCUUAAAACAUCAUAUCAAAAAAGUUGGAGUCGAAAUUAGAGAAAAUAAGCGAAGAAUGUCAUGGAAUGAUGUUACCAUAGUUAACUCUAUGGCAAAAAGUAAAGGCAUAAUUUGCCCGCGGCAACCAUUGUAAAUGAACAUGGAUGUAAUUGGUUGAAAUGGUUACGUUUGAUCAUUUUCAUCUAUAAUUUUAUCAGAAUAUUUGCUUUUGGUCAAAGUAGAUGGUAUUAGUUGUAAGCAAAAUUUACAUAAUUUUGUCGCAAGCAGAUCUUUGACGUUGCACUUUUUCUUCGUUAUUACAAUGCACAAUAUUUACAAUCAAUGAAAUAAUGUCUGCAUUAUUGACAUUCGUGGUAUAUGGCUAUAUAUAUAGAUGCCUAUCGAAAUUGGGUUAAUUAGUUAACUGGAAUCUUUUAAAACUACACUUCUUGUAUUUUUUUGAAAAGUCUCAUUGAAGAAAAAGGACUAUACAAAAGCAAAAAAGUUUCUAAUUUAUUCAAUUUAUAUCUUGUUCUUAACUAAUUUUCUGUAUUCUAUGAAGUUAAUCUAGGAUAAAUAUACUUUUAUAAUUUUUUUUACAAAAAGA